AUGAGUGUUAACGAAGAAAUGGAGCGGACUCAAGGAAAUAAUGUUAACAGAGACUUCUAUUCAUCCUCAAAGAAGCCUGUUUAUGUGCUAAGUGAUCUCUACGAGGACAUUUCAUCAGACGAGGACGAGGUCAUUCGUAUGGACCAGACUCCCCAAAAUUGUGACAUUGGACAAUCUGACUUCAUGCAAGAUUUGGAAAUUAUUUCGGUGAACACCAAUGACUUUGAGGAUCGGGCCGAUGAACUUUUGGAUUAUUGCGACAUUGAUGACGAGCGGAUGGUUGUGGCCGACAGCGAUAAGGAAGAAGAAAUCGAGGAGGACCAGAAUUCAGAUGGAGGUAGAAAAGUAGAAUUCAGAGACACUGACAGUGAUAUCGCGAGUGAGGAUUGCAUUGACAAUAACAAUAUCACAAAAUCAACUGUGUGUCUCCUCUUAAAUAAAACCACAAGGAACUACCCUGACGGCACCAUAGAAGUUAGCCGGGACACACAUGUGGUAUAUUUCGAGGAUUUGACCCCGAGUGAGAUAGACUACGAAAGUGUAGCUUCGGAAGUAUUGUCCGAAAUUCCGAAACAUUUCGAGGAGGGUAACAUUAGGUUCACCUCAGGAGACUUUAGUUACUUGUGA